CCGACGGUUGAUACUUAGCCUCGUGGCUUGUAUUUGUUCGUCCGAUCCCAGUGAGGCCCUGAGGGCUAGGGUUGAUCCAAGAUGCGCUGAUUCUUGAAUUGGGCAUCGCGAUCGGGCGGCGCCGGGUAGAAUGCGGGAGCUGCCGCCGGUGGCGAGAACCCUUGAUGAGCGUAGCUGAUGCCGAUGAGCAGCCCUCUCCACUCGCGCAGCAGAUCGAAUUUGCUUGAUCCCGAUAGAGGAGGAGCUCCAGAAGCCAUGAAUUUGCUUGAAGAUUCUCCGCCAGCGACUGUGGAGCCCCUAAAAUUGAAGCCUGCAAAUUCUUCUUCUGGUUAUCUCCGAGGUUGGCUUCCUCGCUCGCCAAUCUAUUUUCUCAUCGCAUGGGCGAUCGUGUGUGUAAAGAUCGCCAAAGAUUCCAUCGAGAAAAUGGAUACAACACUGAGGGGUAGUUUCUUCUACGAAGCAUUUUUGUACUACAAUCCAUUAGUUAUGGUGGCUAUGAUGGUGUGGUUGUGGGGAGUAAAUCUCUGGGCAUUUCUACAUUAUCGUGUGAACUAUAGCAAGAUCUUUGAUCUUGAUCAGAACCAUUUAACGCACAAACAUAUAUGGAAGGUUGCCUCUUGGAUGACCAUUGUCAUCUCGACCAGCAUGACAACUUAUCUGUAUCUUUAUUCCAACGGGGAAGCGAACUACGCUGCAUCGCAGCCAGCCAUUCUUUACAUCGGCCUGCCGCUCGUGUUAAUUCUACCUUUUGAUGUCCUUUAUCGUUCAUCGCGAUUCUUCUUUCUUGGUACGUUAUUGAGACUUUCGCUACCGCUGCAGCCUAUCACCUUUGCAGAUUUUUUUGUAGCAGACGUGCUUACCUCUAUGUCCAAGGUGCUAUCGGAUAUUGAGCGGUCGCUGUGCAGGAUGUAUCAUCGUCAGGCUGCUUUUGAGGCAGAGGAGUUAUGCGGGAGUCACUCCAUAUGGAUACCUUGCAUUCUUGCGCUUCCUUACUUGUUCCGAUUCGCGCAGUGUCUGAGGCAGUAUACGGACACGAAAGAGCGAUCUUGUCUUUUCAACGCUUUGAAGUAUUCGACAGCCUUCCCCGUGGUUUUCCUGUCCGCGCUCAAGUAUCACGUACUUCCCGAGUACUGGGAAGGUGUCUAUCGCCCACUCUGGUUACUUUCUAGCGUGGUUAAUUCUUUCUACUCGUUCUACUGGGAUAUCAGCCGAGACUGGGACUUCAGCCUCUUCUCCGGUAUCUCCAGGACCAAAAACGUGGGACUCAGGGCUCACCUCGUCUACAAUCCUCGAUGGGUGUACUACUGGGCGAUUGGAAGCAACUUACUCCUUCGCUGUGCCUGGACUUACAAGCUCUCGGCGCACCUUCGCCACAACUACUUGACGGUGUUCACAUUCUCGGGGCUGGAGAUGCUGCGGCGGUUCCAGUGGAUUUUUUUCCGGGUGGAGAACGAGCACAACCGGCUGCUGUUACGUACUUCCUCGUCGCCAGAGACCGAAAUGGGCCUUUUAGCCACCGACGACGAAGAACACGUUGUUUAAAGGGCCUGUGUUAAUGAAUUCUUUUUGGUUUAAA